CAUUGCGCUAAUUAAAUCAGCUGUUAUGUGCAGAAAAGUGCGCAUUUAAAGCAAAAUGAGUUUUUUGAAACAUCUAAAUUCAAGAUUGAGUUAUUUUGCUCAAACUGGGAAACGCAUGUUCAGUUCGUCCCACUGCAAAAAUGAAAAGCCAAUAUUGUACUCAUAUUGCCUCAGUUCCUGCUCAUGGCGAGUACGUAUUGCGUUGGGGCUGAAAAAUAUUUCGUAUGACCUUAAACCAACUAGCUUGCUCAAGACGGAUGCAGUACACAGCUAUACUCCUGAGUAUCGGGAAUUGAAUCCAAUGCAGCAAGUGCCGGUGCUUCAAAUUGAUGGGCAAACGCUUUGCGAUUCUGUGGCGAUAAUGCACUAUCUGGAAGAGACUCGACAGCACACCUCGAUAUUGCCUCAGAAUCCGCAGGGUCGAGCCAAAGUGCGUGAAAUAGUUGAAAUAAUAUGCUCUGCUAUCCAACCUCUUCAAAAUCGCCUUGUAUUGGCUCACCUAGGUAAAGAAAAAAGCAUCGAAUGGGCCCAGCAUUGGAUAACCCGCGGAUUCAUAGGACUGGAAACGGUAUUGUCGUCGUCAUCUGGAAGAUAUUGUGUCGGUGAUGAGAUCUCCAUGGCUGAUUGUUGCCUUGUCCCACAAGUAUUCAAUGCCAGACGAUAUCAUGUAAAUUUGGAUCCCUAUCCAACAAUUUUGAGAAUCAAUGCCAAUUUAGAAAGCGAACAAGUUGUCAUUGACAGUCACCCACGCAAACAACCAGACUAUCCAAAAAAAUAGUUUAAAAGACCCAUAAAACUGUUAAAUGUUUUUUACUGAUUGUGAUUGUAUAGCAAUUCUAUUCAAUGAGGUUUACAGAUAAAGCUAAAUAAAAAAUCAACUGCAAAUAAAUUCCGAUAUAUAAGUCACAAGUCAA